GUAGUAUUAGGUUAGGUAGUUAUAUGUUUACAAGUUACAACUUUAUACUUGUAUCAUUUGUGUAGAUAUAACAUUAAUUUGAAAUUUGAAUAAGAAUAGAAACGCAUUGCCGCGUGCGUAGCUGCAUUAGUAUAAGUAUAACUAGUAAAUAGAGGUGAUAGAGAACAUUCCAGUUAAUAAUAAUUUUAAUAGAAAACUAUGAAUUGUGAGCCACGAAUGGUUUAGUCUUUACAUUUUACAAGUUUGUGAUUUAAAAAAGGUACUUUGUUUAGGUGUCGAAACGUCAAAAACGUCGAAAAUAAACAAUGCAGAUUCAACUACUAUUUAAUAGAGAAUAAUUAUUUACAUGUUUUUAAAAUGAAAAGCUCUACUAGGAUCUAGAUAUCGUAUCAUUCUCACCUCAACCUGCUGACAACAAGAACAAUGGUUGGUAACGGAUCCUUGAAAAGCGAUGUGUCAAAUGCAAUGGAUGAUUCUGAGAAUUCAAUUCCACCAGCAAGCAAUUUUUGUCGGGACUUCAUUAAAGGACGAUGUAACCGUGAAAACUGUAGAUUUUUUCACGAAAUUCCACCAAAAACUCAUCUUAAGGAAUUGUUUAAAUUUUGCCACGAUUUCCAAAAUAAAGGAUGUUUUCGAUCUAAUUGCAAAUUUUUACAUUGUACUGCAGCAAUAGAAGAGCAAUUUUAUACUACUGGCUUAUUUCCUCGAGACCAAAACAAUUUACAAAUUUGCCAAGCAUUUAGUCAUGGAAUUUGUUCAAAUACUGAAUGCAAGUUUUUACAUAUACCGCAAGACAAAUCUAAUGACAUAGGCCUAAUUUGUAAUAGAUCAGUACCACCACCAAUGUUUGAUAGGCCACCACCAUAUUUAAGAGAUGAUACUUUCCCACCAGAAGCAAAAUUAAGAAGAUAUGCAUUUCAAGAUACAGGACUUGAUAAUAAAGUACUGCAUACAUCAAACAUUUGUUCAAACUGUGAGCAAUUAAACCAUAGGGUUAAGUUAUUGCAUGACAAUAUAAGUGUUUUGCUAAAGAAAGUUGCUGAUUUGACAGAAAAAAAUAUUCAGCUGACAUCUAUGAAUGAGUUUUUAUUAGAACAAACAAACUCUGUUAGGAGUGACCAACCUUGUGUUAUAACUUCAAGACAUGGAGGUUCAGCUCCAGUUUCAUUAGCAACUGUGAGUGUAACACCUGUAGUAAGCUUAGCUGGUGCUCUCCCAACAUUGGUUCCAGCAGCUGCAACACCAAACCUCACUUUAGCACCAGCUGCAUCCCAAGCCCAAUUGCUUACACCUGCUCCACAAAUUCUGACAGUUAGUACAACUCAACAGUUAAUGGGAAAUUCAGGGGCUCUGAUUGUAACAAGUGCUGGUGCCCAACAAUUAAUGCAAGUUAGUGAUUCAGGCACUCUUAUGGGUGGAGGCCAAACUGUUGUGGCUGUGACUCCUGCUCAACUUACAUUAGCCCCUCCCACUCAGCAGUUGUUGAGUAGUGGACCACAGACUGCAGUGCAGCACAUUGUACAGACCUCAGCUCUUCAACCUCAAUUGCCUCAACAUCAAGCCUCUCAAUAUGCACAGCAAUCAGUGCAACAUUUAGCUGCCGCUCAACAAUCAGCUCAACAUGUUGCAGCUCAGCAGUCUGCACAGUUGGCAGCACAACAGUCUGCACAGCUGGCAGCACAACAGUCUGCACAGCUAGCAGCUCAACAGUCAGCCCAACAUUUAGCCCAACAGUCAGCUCAGCAUCUUGCAGCAGCUGCACAACAAUCAGCCCAACAGAUUGUGGCUCAACAAUCUCAGCAGCCACAAUUAGUGCAUCAGACUUCAACACAGCAAAUUACAAUAUCUAGCACUAGUCAACCUAUGGCUUUGCCAAAUUCUCAAGCACAGUCAAUUUCAUUCCCCAUCAUAUCCCAAAGUAUUUUACCCCAUUGAAGCCAUAUGGUCCAGUAAUCAUUUUAUUUCAAAAACUUAAAUUAAGCUUACAUUUAACAACUAAUAUAUGUCUAUAGAAUGUGAAUUUAUAGUAUAUUUGUAGGUCAUUAUGUGAUCUUAUUUGUUGUGGUAACCUGUAAGAACUUAUACAAUGUCUACACUUGUUAAAUUUAUAAAAUUAAACAACAUUGUGUUUAUACUUUAAAAAGACUUUUGUUAUACAUACAUAAGGAACCACAACAUUGAAAGUGUCUAAACCACUGAACACAAUCUAAUUCUAAUUUGGUAUUUCUUACGAGUUGGUAUCUCAGAUUGAGUGAAUUAAAUCAAGUUUUUUUUUCAUUAAUAGUAUUUAACAUGCCUUGAAACUAGUAUUUCAUUGUUAUUACAUCUUAAAUUUUCAUUCUUUACAUUUAUAUAUUGUCAUCUAUUUUAAUAAUUAUUCCUAUAAUUACAAUGUCUUUAAACCUACUUUGAGUGAUCCAGUUAUAGGCUCUGUCCCUAUAAAAUUUGUAAAUUUUACUUUAAGUAGACUCUCAUUACAUGAUUGUAAUUAAGUAGUUAGAAUUUAAUGUAAUUUAUUAUUAAUUAAAAGUGAUUGUCUU